AUGAGGUUCCUAUCAUUCCUUGCCGGAUCUCCUUACGCGCUGUGGGGUGAAACAUCGGAUGAACUGUACGAAAAGAAAUGUUUGAAAUGGCAACAAAAGAGAUGCGGGUCGACUCGUUUUUCCCCUCUUCAGCAGCCUUCGCUCCGCUCAUGGUUAAGUUUGAAUGGACGUUUGUGGAACAGGGCAUACUGGGGAAACGUUUACAAUCGCGCAAUUAUGGUUAAGGGAGUUUUUUUUUCUUUCCUAAUAUUCGUUUUUGCUUUGUUUGCUUAUGUCUCGUUUUUAAUUAUGUAUUCUACGGGGGGGAUUCGUGAUUUGAUGCUUGUUAUGCUUUUAUCCUUUCCUCCAAUGAGCGGGAAGACAUUUGUUUCCUCUCAAACGUAUUCAUGUGCCGAAGGAAGGGAAGAAGGAUUGGGUUGGCCUUUUGUCAUUACUAUUAUCGUUUUUCUUUCAAGUAUUCCAGGAUAGGUUUUAUUGACUUAUUUUAUUCUCUUCUUGACAAUGUGUUUUUUGUCGCACAAGUUUAAGUUUAGUUGAUUAGUUACUAGCAAUUUCUCUGUCCAUCUGCCUGUCUGUUUGCCCGUCCCCGCUGGAGAGGAAAGGUGAUAAGGUAGGGUUGG